GUCAUUUAUUUUACAUCUUUCUUUUUUCCACCAUUUGAAAUGAAUUUUGGUGCUUCCAUCCGUCAAUGCUUGUCGUUUGUUAGAAGGUAGCCAUCCAUUUGUCUUCCCAUUAUCAUUUCAGAAUUGGUCCAAACCAUCCCCAGAAUUUAAUGAAACUCGGAGCAAUAGAAAAAUAGGAGAAGGGAAAUUUAAAAUCACAUCCACCUACAGAAACCACGGCUCUCCCUUGUAAUUUGCUUAAUUAAUAGGCUUGGAGAUUCCCCCUACUACUAAACAAAGGAAGUAAAACUUUGUAGCAGUUGAGCUACGUCUACAAUUUUCAUGAUCUCAUGGCCAAUUAGCCCACCAAACCCAAAUACCCUCAAUCAUUCUCCCUUCAUUUUCCACUUCCCAUACCAAGAACCAUCCAAACUCAUGGCAGAGGAAGGGUUCAGCUUCCCCGGAAUCCCGGACCUGUCGGCCUGCUCGAUCUGCUCGCCCCCGCUUUGGCCCGUGUCGCCCCCUCCGGCGCCUCCGCUCCGAGACAGGUCGUCCUCGCGGGGCUCGGACGACGAGGGGGUCCUCGGCGAAAUGGUGGGCGGAGAAGGUGGCGGUCUGUGUGGGGAGGAGGAGGAGAAGAUGGACAUGCUGUGGGAGGACUUCAACGAGGAGUUGCCGAGGAGCCGCGGGCAUCCCGACGUGUCAUCGUCGUCGUGGUCGUCGACGUCGACGUCGUCGCGGGAGAUGGCGGGAUUCGGGGGUGUCAAGGCGCGGACGGUGUCGAGGACUGGUGGUGCAUUGGUGUCUGCUAGGAGGAGGACACCGCCCCCGGGUGUGGUGGUGCUGAUCAAGGUGUUGAAGAAACUCUUCUUGCUUCAUCACGGUCACAACACGCAUGGUUCCAUGAAGAAGCCAUGCCCAUGGUGAUCCCGAUGAAGAUCACCCUGCAUUGGAAAAUUCAAUUUCGCUCUUUUUUUUUGCCUUGUCAUUUUGUCUCUAUGCUGCCCAAAAGAGGAGCACCAGACAAAGCAAUCAACUUGCGUUGUUUGUUAAUGUAGAUUCUUCAGAUCUGUUAAUUGUUGACAAAGUUUAUGUUUGGCAUCUUUUCUACUCCUUGACAACAUAAUUAAGGAAUCUUUAUGGCCAAGUCCAGAUCAUUCUUGAUUAAUUUAUCGAUUGAGAGAAUUUUUCCCCAUUUUGACAUUAUUCA